UCGAAGAUGUUAUAAAGAGAGAGACGAUUCCGUGGUCUCAAUCUGCCUACUCCAUCCCUUUUUUGGUUGAUUCUAAUGCUUACUCCUUGGAAUUUCACCAAAGAAAUGGAAGGCAUCAACAGCAUCAUGUCCAGUAAUUCUAUCACUGCGGGUCUUGAGCUAACCAUUAGCUUACAUGUUUUGCUUGACAAAUAAUAUUUUUCUAAGAUGUGAGAGCAAACGAUAAACUUUUUAAUACUGUUGGCAUGUUGAACGUCACAAUGAUUUUAUAAAUAGAAAAACGUAACGUUCACUGGGGCGUGUUUCGUGAAUUAGUUUAGAUCCCAAUGCUUUUGUUUUAGCUUAGAAACCAGCAAUAAGUGUACUAAAAAAUUUCUUCAAAAAAAAUGCCGAGAAACCGUAGAAUGUUGUUCAAUAUAGUUUCACAUAACAGUAACUACUUUCUAACAAAAACUUAUAUGCCGACUGAAUGUAUUACCAACCCUCUUCAGAGGGAAUUGGCAGAUUCUAUAAUUCGUAUGGUACCUUUGGAUGAAAUAAGAAUUUUAUUGGCAUGUGGAGCAAAGGUUAAUGAACCAGUUACUCAGGGGUUGAUGCCAUUACAUUAUGCUGUUUGGCAGAGGUACUACGAAGCUACUCAAUUAUUAGUGACCCGAGGAGGAGACGUAAAUGCUACAGAUGAAUGUGGUUACAGUCCUCUGCAUCUAUCAGCCGAACAUGGUUACACGGAAGUGGUUCGUCUGCUUCUCGCAUCCGGUGCAAAAGUCAAUUAUAGAGAAGAUACCGAUGAAGAAUUUCCGAGAACAACUAAAUGCGACGAACCUUUGAGACUUGCAAUUAGGAAUAAACAUAUGGAUAUAGCUAAGAUGUUACUUGAACACGGUGCCGAUCCUAACAAAAGAUAUUUCUUCGGUUCCGAAAUUAAUUUAGUUAAUGAUUUAGAAUUCUUGGAGCUAUUAUUAACUUUUGGAGCGAACCCGGAUAGUAGAGAUAGAUCCGGACUCACUCCUUUAAUGAAAGCUGUCAGACAACCCCAAGGAAUGGAAGCAGUUUUAUUAUUGAUAAAAUAUGGAGCGGAUGUCAAUGCAAUGGCAGAUGAAAGACAUGACUACAGAACGGUAUUACACUAUGCGGUUUUAUCGGGAAACUACGAAAUUGUGAAUUUGAUGAUAAAACAAGGGGCUAAGUUAAACUACGACGAAGAAUAUGAACUCGGAAAACCUAGCCCCUUAGAUCUGGCAAUUUUGAAAGGCGAUCCACAGAUUAUUGAACUUCUUAUCAAAUCAGGCGCUGAUGUUAAUUGCAGCUCACCAAUAAUUGGUUCACCACUACAUGUCGCUUGUGCCGAUAAUAUUCCAAAUAGAUACGAAAUUAUGACUAUGUUACUUCAAUCAGGAGCAGAUCCAAAUCUAAAAGUUUACAACGACGAAUUCGACAGAAAUUCUCAACUAAGACCUGUAUUAGUGGAGUAUUUAGCUAGCAACGAACACCCCAGCUUGGAUGUAGUACAUCUAUUACUUCAGUACGGCGCUAGGGUUGUGAUGAAAACUCAAUUUAGAGAUCCAGACGGAAUGCUGAAUUAUCUCCAAAAUGUCAUCUCCGACGAUUGCCUUUCAAUCUUCUUUCUUCUGUUAGAAUCCAGUGAAUCUUUCGAUCCUUGUAUGAUAAGAAGAAACAAUGUUUUAUCUCCGGAACAAAAGGCGGCGCUUUUAAAAUUAUCCACGUGUCCGUUGAGUUUGAAACGACAGGUUAGGCUGUACUUGAGGAAACUCUUGGGACCUAAACUGUUGACUAUUGUAUCAGAUUUUGAUUUACCGAAAUGUUUGACGAAAUAUUUACUUUUUGACUAUAGUUAAAGUGAAAAACAGAAGUUAUGGAGUAAAGUUUAUUCGUUUUAUUGCGUUUUCAGUGACAUGAGGCCACUGUUUACGUCAUAUUUUUAUUUAUAAUACUUAUAACAAGCAUGUUUUAUCUGACUAAUGUUAGUUGUCAUUUUUUCGAAGAAGUGAUUUAAACCAGCUUUAUUAAUAUUAUAACAAGUAGAAAGCUGAUAAAGUUUUGCUAUUUUCAUUGAUAAUUCAUAUCGUAUAUAAUAAAAUUUCAAACAUUUUAGACCGUUUUCCUGGCUGUCGUUCAGGUCCAACGAAUGGCAUUGACGCAGUUUAUUUGGCCAUUUCGUUGACCUCAAGAUUACCUUUUGUAAUCAGCGUAUUUAGGACACAAAAACCUGAUGAUUUAAACACGUGUAAAUAUUAUUUCAUUUACUGGAAACACUCAUUCAUUCACAUGUCCUAUUAAAUCUACUACAAUUUGCAACUCUUCAGAAGUAUCUUUUUAACUUUUUGUAAUUCUAAACUUAUUAAUUAGACUUCUUCAUAAACUAUUUCAUAAUUAUUUUCUCUUUAUCAUCAUUUGGUGAGUUCUUUCUUCCUUUUUUUCUUUUUAAUUGUGUAGGUUCACAGUGGCGGCGCACUUGUAGAGUUCUGAAUACUCUCACACAGUUUCUAACACUACUCUUCUUUUUUGUCCACUUAACUUUUUUAAAUUUAUCAUAUUUAAAGGUCUUAAGAUCCGAAAAUAGUAUUUGAAAUGAUGUUAUUGUGAAAUUAGAUGGCUCUUAACUUCAACGUUAGAUAAAAACUAAUCCUAUAACCAAAAUAUUAACAGUUAGCAAUAAUAAGAAUAUUUGAUUGAUUUUAAUCCACAUUUUCUCCAAAUAACCUUAAUAAUAUCCCAUAUUUUAUAUUAUAAUUUGUAAUUUCAUUCUCUUUAACUCUAAUUUUCUAAUAUAUUAAUGGAAUUACUAAAUUAACAUACUAUUAGUUGCUGAAUCAUAAUAUAGUUUAUUUAUGAAAAAGAAUAAUAAGUAUAUUCUCCAAAGCCCUUGGAGGUCAAUACUCUUCGUAUUUUUCAUGGAAUAAAACUAACAUCCAGCUGUUUAAGUGCUUUUAUUUGAUAUAAGAUUUGACGAGUAUCAAAAACUAACCUUCCAUUUUGACAGUUGUCACAUACACCCAGUUAAAUGUUUCUGUAAUGAACAUGGAACAGCUAAUAAAGAAAAUCAUUAUUAGCUGGAAAAGUAUAUGAAAAUAUGAAUGACAAAAGACUUUUCAUUACAGCAAGAGCUCCAAUUGGAAUGGCUUUCUCUGUUUCGGCUUGUGUUCACAUUAUAUAUUUAUAGAAAAAUUGUUAAAAAUAUACAUUAGGGAAGUUACAUCGUAACGUAGGUGGUCGAUUGGUAGCACUGAUUCAUGUUUGACAUUUGACUUUGGGAUUUAAAUCAUUUGAUUUAAAAGUUACUUGAGACCUAAUUUUACAAGUGAAGUUUGAACCACAAACGUCGGUUUAAACUACACAUAGUUUUUUUCACGUUUUAUAGAUGAUUUUACUGACAAACUUAGGUUCUGGAGGUAGUCAUUUUAACAUGACACGGGGGAUCCAAAUGUAUUUUUUUUCAUAUUGUUUCCAUUUUUACAAUAUUAUUAGGAGAUUUGGUGAAAUGAAGAUUUGCACCUUAUAUUUGAUGAGCUCGACGAUGAUGAUGAACAAAUGUGACAACUGGCAGAAUGUCAAAAUGUAACUAUUCAGGGGCACCAGCCCACUACAGCGUUUAGAAUUAUGUACUUUCUAGUAGUACGAGGUAUUAAAAAAAUAAUCUCAUUCAUUUUGUGAUCUAAUUAUUUAUCUAACUCACUAACAUAAACGUUUGCUUACUUACUAACAGUGGCCAAUGUACAAGAUUGUUUAACUAUAUUUCAAGCAAGUGAAAAUAUUUAAAUCUGAAUCUUGUAUAAUUUUCCCUUCUUACCACAAUCAAAUUUUUUCAAAGAAACCCAUGAAAAUCGUUAGCUGUAUAACAGUAGUCUCAAUACAAAUAAGGCGUGAACAAUCUAUUAUAGGUAAAUGAUAAACAUUUGACAUAUCGAAACCAAAAACUUAAAAAAUUUAUUUGUAAAAGUGUUGAAAAAGAAAAAUUGUCCCUCAUAUUUUAGCUUGACCACUCUGAGUCUUCAGAGUCUUUCAAACUUUGAGUAUACAUGAAAAAACUAAUUUAUUGGUUAGGCAACCGUUCAUACGUCUUCCUCUACUGAACCCUUUCGAAACUAUCCACACAAAGAUCAGAUUCAAUUCUCGAUCAUCUAUAUAGUCAGAUCAAUAUAGAAACCAAUUUUAUGAAUUUAUUUCCUGAAAUAUCAGCUGAGUAUAUUGUGGUAUGAAGUAGUGAUGUCUCUUGAAAAUGUAGCUUUCUUUUCUGUAGAUAUUUCAUUAUAUCUAUUUUAGAAAGUGAAUUUCGUGAUAGUUUUGCAAAUUUAGUGAUUCCGAGAAAAGUAUUGAGUUUAGAAUUAAAUCUAAUGCCUUUACUUAUUAUCUUCUAUGAAGUUUUGUAUAUUUUAUCACUGUAUCCAUUUGUAUAUUUGUACCUAAUAAAUUUAUCAAUAAACUA